AUGGCCCCCUCCGCAGUCCCCGAGAACACGACCGUCGUCGCCCCGGACUCUAUCCAGACUCCCGCGACCGGCGGCCCUUUCUCUCUCGGCAACCGCACAGUCGUGAUCACCGGCGGCGGUCGCGGACUCGGAAUCGUCCUUGCAGCGGCCGUCCUCGAAGCCGGCGGAGAUGUCGCGUGUCUGGACCUCCUGCCCACCCCCAGCGCCGAGGAAUGGGCCACCGUGCAGAAGCUGGCUUCCGCGCGUGGACUGCAGGCCACAUACACGCAGUGCGACAUCACCAACGAGGAGCUGACCAAGGAUGUGCUUGAGAAGAUCGCCACCGAGGGACUGAAGCGGAACAUGCCUUUGCGGGGCGCGAUCACCUGUGCUGGUAUUCAGCAGAUGGUGCCUGCGCUGGACUACCCGAUCGACGGAUGGAGGAAGAUGCUGGACGUCAACGUCAUCGGAACCUUCAUCCCAGCCAAGCACUGCGCACGCAUCUUCAAGGAGCAAAACACGCCCGGAAGUAUUGUGAUGAUCGCUUCGAUGUCUGGACAGAUCGCCAACCGCGGUCUGACAUGUACUGCCUAUAACUCGUCCAAGGCGGCCGUGCACCAGAUGUGUCGCUCUGUUGCUCAGGAAUGGGGCCAGUAUGGUAUUCGCGUGAACACGUUGUCCGCUGGUUACAUUCGCACGGCUAUGACCGAUGCGCUUCUCAAGGAGAAGCCCGAGGUCGAGGAGACCUGGAUGCGUGGUGCCCUGCUUGGCCGCUUGGGUGUUCCCGAGGACUUCAAGGCGCCCACAGUUUACAUGCUCGCGGACGGCAGCGGCUGGAUGACUGGAACGGACUUGAGGGUCGAUGGUGGCCACUGUGCUUCUGCUUAA